GAUGAGACUGAGGCUUUUUAUGGUGUCACCCUGAAGCAGAGAAACCCAUCAGUAGUUUGGUGAGUGAGCCAGGCACUGGCUCCUUUGGCGCAUCUGGGGUGGGGAGGAAACAAGCCAAACUGGCUGGGACUGUGAUCUCCCCUGAGAGCCCCACGGGUGCUGCAGGUUCCCUCCCCACUGGAGAAGCGUUGCCAUUACGCCCACAGUGCAAAUGAAUAAAGAGCCCGGUCUGCAGGUGAGGGACGUGCUCUGGAUUCUUCAGCCACACUGACUGUGCUGUCCCUGCACUCGCAGGGAUGAACCCCAAACUUCCCUACGUUCUCCUGGUCGGGGCUGCAGUGAUAAUCUUCAUUCUGUCAUGCAUGCUGCUGAGCAGGGGUGGGCGAUCGCCCAGCUGUGAAUCCCAGCCCAGAGCUGUGGAGAAGACGGGAUCCAUGAGCCAGAGCCUGGUGUUUGCUGACCUGACCCCCGAGGAGAUGUCCCAGGUGGUGCGGUACCUGCAGGGACACCUCGGGGUGCCGCUGGUGGACGCCUCGCGUGCCAAACCCUCGGACAACUGCAUCGCCUCCGUGGAUCUGCAGGUGCCCGCCAAGGCAGAGGUGCUGCGGUUCCUGGACGCAGGGGGGGCUCGUCCCCCCCGAGAGGCUCUGGCUGUGCUGUACUUUGGGAAGCAGGCAGAGCCCAACAUCAGCGAGUUCGUGGUGGGGCCGCUGCCGACGCCCGCGUACCACCGGGACGUGACGGAGCGCAGGUACGGGGGGAAGCUGCCGUACCACCGCAGGCCCACGCUGGGCAGUGAGUACCAGCAGCUGGGAAAGUUCCUGGAGACAAAGGCAUUUGCUGCAGCACCGACCUUCAUGAAAGAAGUCCUUGAAUAUGACAGAACCAAUGUGGCAUUUCAGGCCACAGUCCCUCACGGAUUCCAGUCUGGGGAUCGGGUCACCUGGUUCGUGCUGUUCCAGAACGUGAGCGGGUUCUUUGUGCACCCGGUGGGGCUGGAGGUGCUGGUGGAUCACAGCAGCCUGGACAUCUCGCAGUGGGCUGUGAGCAGGGUCUUCUACAACGGGCAGUACUACAGGGACAUGGCCCAGCUGGAGAGCGCCUACGUGCAGGGCAGGGUCAGCGUGGAGAAGGUGAGGAAGGCGCCGCGGGACGGGGACUUCUCGUCCAUGAAGCCCCGAGCGGCUGCGGCCGCGCCGUUCCCGGUGCAGUUUGAGCCGCAGGGUCCCCGCUACAGCGUCAGGAACAACCAGGUGCUGUUCCAGGGCUGGAGCUUUGCCUUUGGCGUGAGCGUGAGCACAGGCCUGCGGCUGUUUGACAUCCGGCACAGGGGGCAGAGGGUUGCCUACGAGCUCAGCGUGCAGGAGGCGCUGUCAGUGUACGGCUCCAACUGCCCGGGAGGGAUGUCCACGCGCUACAUGGACGGCAGCUUUGGCCUGGGCCGCUACAGCUCCCCGCUGGUGCCGGGGCUGGACUGCCCCUCCCUGGCCACCUACGUGGACACCCACUCUCUGUCUGACAGCCUGAGGCCCAGCAGGAGGAAGGCUUCCCUCUGCAUCUUUGAGCAGAACCUGGGCUCCCCUCUGCGGCGCCACUACUCCAACUUGCAGUCGCUCUACUAUGGGGGGCUGGUGAACUCCGCUCUGGUCAUUCGCUCCAUCGCCACCGUGGGCAACUAUGACUAUGUGUGGGACUUCAUCUUCUACCAGAACGGGGCCAUUGAGGGCAAGGUGCAGGCCACGGGGUACCCGAGCUCGUCCUUUCUUCACGGGGAUGGCCUGAGAUACGGCAAUAGGCUCUGGGAGCACACCCUGGGUACCAUACACACCCAUUUUGUCAACUAUAAGGUGGACCUGGAUGUGGGAGGGGUGAAAAACUCCCUGGUGGCCCAUGACAUGGCAUUUGAGAUGACACGGGCUCCCUGGAGCCCAGAGCAGCAGAUAGAGCGGCCACGGCUCACCAAGAAAGUCCUGGACACGGAAGACCAGGCUGCUUUCCGCCUGCAGUCCAAGAUGCCCAGAUACAUCUACUUCGCAGCCAACAGCAAAAACAAGUGGGGCCACCAGCGAGGCUACAGGAUCCAGAUCACCAGUUUUGCAGGGGACCACGUCCCUGAAGCCAGCUCCAUGGAGAGGGCCAUCAGCUGGGCAAGGUACCAGCUGGCUGUCACCCGGAGGAAGGAGGAGGAGCCCACCAGCACCAGCAUCUACAACCAGAACGACCCCUGGACACCCACUGUCACCUUUGCUGACUUCAUCAACAACGAGACCAUCACCAACGAGGACCUGGUUGCCUGGAUAACUGCUGGCUUCCUUCACAUUCCACACUCUGAGGACAUUCCCAACACUGUGACCGUGGGAAACUCGGUUGGUUUUCUCCUGAGACCCUACAACUACUACGACCUGGACCCCUCUAUCUACUCCCACGAUGGUGUGUUUUUCACCAGCGAGCAGGACUUUACAGCAUGUGAAAUCAACCCUCUUGCCUGCUUGCCCAAAACCGCCUCUUGUUUGCCAAACUUCCCCCCUUUCACCUAUGAUGGUUUUCGAAAUAUGAGCAGGCUUUAAUGCUGCAGGAUGGUGUCAGAGACACCAGGCUGACUGUUCUGUCUCUGAUAUUCAGCUUUUUAGUGAAGUUGUCUCAAUUUUCAGUUGUCCAGUGACUUCACAUUUUAUUGUUGCUUUUGAAAUAGAGCUCUUGAAAAGGGAAGCAUGACUUUCCUAUCAUGAUGUGAGAUGGAAGUCUAUGUUAUCUGUUAAUUCCUGAAUUUGAGUCUGUCGCCAGGGGAAAGUGAAGAGAAAAUGCUGUUCCUCUGGUGUAGAAGCAAGUGCUGUGUAGUGCAUAUCUCAGGUUAAAAAAAAAUGAAAAUGGUGCUGGUCCAAUGCUCUCAAGUGUCUCGUUCUUACAACUUACAGCAGGGUCUCCUGGGGGUGAUGUUGGUCUCUGCUGUGUUUCCUGUGCCCACAAACCAGCAGUGUGGCUCUGGGUGCUCAGCAGGGCACAGGGAUGUCCAGCUGGAGGGAAGGAGGGACAAGCUGGGGCAACCCCAGGGCUCAGGGCCAUGGACUGAGGUGGGCACUGGCACCAAGCCCUGUGGCUGUUGUGGGGAGGCUGGGUCAUGGCCAGAACUGUGUGGGUUGUGGCUCUCAGGCCCUCAGUGCUGGGCACAAGGGAGGGAUCCGGAUGGGACCUUGCAGGAAGGGUCUUGUGGCUGCUGGAGAUGCAGCAGGGCCAGUGCCUGUUUGCCAGGAUGCUGGUUGGGCUCUGGUGCCCCUGCUCCCCUCCUCCCAGCCCCAUCUGUGCUAGGAUGUAACUCAGGAUCAGUGGGCACCUCUGCAAGCUGACAAACUGCUGUCCCCUCCCUCUUGGCUGCAGGACUGUGGGGAUGCUGGCAGCAGCAGUCAGUGCUGAUGGUGAUGGCAGGGCUGUGUCAGGAUGGGGCAAUGGUGUUGUGGUUAGCACUGCUCUGCACAGGGAAGGUUUAUCCCUACAGCCACUGCUGCCUGCCCUGCAUCUGCAGGGUUAAGAGAAGCAGGAGAAGGGAGAUGUGCUUACUUCCCCUAAAUUACUGGAUCCAUCCUCUCCAAGCUCUUGCAGUGUAGGAUCUGGGAUCAGAGGGGAAGGACAGA